GGGGCGGGCGAGGGAGGGAGUUUUGGCCGAUGGCGGCUGUCAACUCGCGGAUCUCAGCCCUCGCACGGACGGUACUCGUCGACGUCGGUAUCGCGGUGACCAUCCACGCCUCGCCUGGGCUGAAAAUAGCCGGCGCUCGCUCGCGUUGAAAUACGCGCGAGCAGGAUUUACGAGAGUACGCGAGUGAACGGAUAGAUCAUCUUAUAUGACAUCGGGCAAGGAGACAAUGGGUGAACAACCAAUUUUCAUGUGCAAAGCGCACGUGUUUCACAUUGAUCCCAAGACCAAACGGUCUUGGGUACCAGCGUCAUCGGCAGCAAUAUCAGUAUCAUUCUUUUACGAUUCGACCAGGAGUUUAUACAGAAUAAUUUCGAUUGAAGGAGCAAAGCCUGUCAUUAAUAGCACAAUUACUCCAAACAUGACUUUUACCAAGACAUCACAGAAAUUUGGUCAGUGGUCGGACGUCAGAGCAAAUACUGUGUAUGGCUUGGGCUUUGCCUCUGAGGCUGAAUUAGGAAAGUUCAUCGAGAAGUUUCAUGAGGUGAAAGAGGCCACGAAGCUGGCCAAUGCCAAGUUACAGUCCAACAGUUCUUCGGUUACUCCGGCCACCAGCGCGAACGUCAGUCCAAUUACGUCCCGAUCAGGCAUGCCGUCGUCAGAACAGGAUCUCAUAGAUCCACCGAACUCGUCGAUGAUUAACUCCAACGUGUCAUCGUCGAACACCCCGAACCCGAAUGCCAAUAUGAUUUCCGCUCAGAACAGUGUAUCUUCGGUAAGCAGCAGUCCUUUACCUGGUAGUUGUCAGAAUAAAGUGGACGACGAAUUGAAAAACGCAGUCCAUUCAAGAUCACAGAGUGUUUCUCAGAGUACAGAAAGUCCGCAACAUCAAGGGAAAUCGGCGCAAUUGAGCUCAUCACAAAGUGGACAAUCGGGUGAGGUGCAGCUCAAGUAUGAGAACGACAGGCUGAAACUUGCUCUAGCUCAAAGUUCUGCUAACGCUAAGAAAUGGGAGGUUGAAUUGACUACCCUCAAAACUAAUAAUGCAAGAUUAACGAGCGCGUUACAAGAGUCUACAGCCAACGUUGAUGAAUGGAAGAGGCAAUUACAGUUGUACAAAGAAGAAAAUGCCAAAAUAAAACUUAAAUAUGCUGAUUUGGAAGCCGGUAAGAUCGCGGAAGGAAAUAGCGAAGCGCUAAGAUUGAGAGUCGAAGCAUUGGAAAGCGAGCUGAGAACACGAAACGAAGAAAUCAAAGCUCUCACUAUGGCCACCAAAAAUAAGGAUUUUGUGGUUCUACAAAAAGAGAAUGCAGAACUCCGCGAGAUGUUGAAUGUAGUUCAUGAACAAUUAGAACUUGCGUUGAGUGCAAACAAAGUUCAAAAACAAAAUUUGGAUACGUUAAACGCUAGAUUAGCUGGCUAUAUACAGGAUCUGGUAACUGUACAUCGAGAAAUCACAAACACGUUGCAAACUUAAGUUUGCACCAUAGGGAAAACCUAAGAAUGCCUCUCUUAGGUCUUUUGUAUUUAUUAUAAGCGCGAUGUACGAAUGGACGAUAUAGAUUAAUAACAAAGAGAGAAGUUCCGAGAACAAAGUAAAAUCGAAUGCAAAUUAAUCGAGCAGAAAAAUUAUAAAAUACUGAGAUAAUUGUCUCGAAAAUAGUACAUUACAGAAGAGAUUGCUCCCUGAACAUGUAUUUAAAUUGACUGAUCUGUUUAAAGCUUUCUUUUUUUAAGGAUAAGUUUUGUGCCAUAAUUAUGCUAUUGUUAUAUUGAAUAGGACAUUGACUUUAC